ACGGCAAGAAAAUCUUGGUCGUCAUUCACGCAACCAGUAAUGUAUUUAUACAUGCACAAGCGAUUCUGGCGUACCAUUCAAUCUCAACAUCAAUUACCAUCUCAAUCAGUAAUCAAGAGCAACAAUGGUGGAAGGAAAAGGAGAGGAGAUAGAGUUUAUACAUUUGUGGUCCAUACCAAGGUCCCUUAGCACCAGCCUUUUGUACUCCUUUGCGCAGAGAGAUGAUAUGGAAGUUCUUGAUGAACUCCUUCAUCCAAAUUUCCUACGUGUUCCUGGAAUAGAAAGGCCAUACCAAGCAGAGCUCCUAUCAAAGAUGGAAUUAUAUGAGAAUAAGAUCGUGUUUGGCUCUGGACAAAAGAAGUGUCAAUUCUGUAAGAAUGUGGCUAGCCAACAUAUGCCUGAUCUAACCGAUGAAUUAAUGAAGAAAGGAAAGCACUGUAUAUUGAUAGAAAACCCCCUUGAUAUUUUGCCAUCCUUUGACAAGGUUUCGCCCCCAUCAUUCAUGGAGCUGGGGUAUGCUAGCUUAGUCUCCAUUUACAGCGAGCUGUGUGCACAAGGAAAAUCUCCUUCCAUCAUUGACGGAGCCCUACUUCAAAAUGAUCCCGAGGGUACUUUACGCGGUCUAUGUGAAGAUCUUGGUAUUCCAUUUCAAGCUGCGAUGCUCAAACGGGAAGCAGGGCCAAAAUCCUUUGAUGGCAUUUGGGCCGCAAACUAUUAUCCUACGCCUUUUCCACCUGCUUUGUACAACUUGCUGGAGCAAUCUUUACCUUUCUAUAACAUGCUUAGGCGCCAUGUGAAGCAGAGUGGUAUAAUAUCCCUCCAGCCUACACUUCCAGUUCCUGCCAAUGAGAAGUUGCUUAUUUGGGUUGGUAAUGGGAUUGUGCCCCGUGAAAGUGCAAAGAUUUCCGUUCUAGACUUUGUUGUCCAAGGUGGCGAUGCAGUUUGGGAAGGGCUUCAAGUUUAUAAUGGGAAGAUAUUUAAAUUAGAGGAGCAUUUAGAUCGGUUGUUUGACUCAGCAGAAGCUCUAGCCUUUAGCAAUGUACCAACUCGUGAACAGGUGAAGGAUGCCAUAUUUGAAACUCUAAUAAGGAAUGGGAUGUUUGAUGAGGCACACAUUAGACUCACUCUGACACGUGGAAAGAAGGUAACUUCUGGAAUGAGCCCAUCAUUAAACCUUUAUGGAUGUACAUUAAUCGUGCUUGCUGAAUGGAAUCCCCCAAUCUAUGAGAAUGAGAAGGGUAUAACGUUGGUUACAGCAACCACAUGCCGUAAUUCACCAAAUAAUUUGGAUUCAAAAAUUCACCACAACAACCUUCUUAACAAUAUCCUUGCGAAGAUAGAAGGGAAUAAUGCAAGUGCUGAUGAUGCUAUCAUGCUUGAUAAAGAUGGCUAUGUGUCAGAAACAAAUGCGACAAACAUAUUUCUAGUGAAAAAGGGCCGUGUAGCAACACCUCAUGCUGAUUACUGUCUUCCUGGCAUAACACGGGCAACAGUCAUGGACCUUGUAAUAAAGGAAGGGUUGAUUGUACAGGAGCAGCGUAUCAGUUUAUCAGAGUUCCAUACGGCAGAUGAGGUAUGGACUGUAGGAACUAUUGGAGAGCUCAGCCCAGUUGUUAAGAUUGAUGGUCACACAAUAGGUGAUGGCAGCGUGGGACCUGUGACUCGAAGAUUGCGGAGUGCUUUAAAAAAGCUUACAGCAGAGUCAGGGGUGCCCCAAAACUUUCCCUUGAGACAGCCAUAUCUUCACAGGCUUUUAGUUUAAUGGUCGUUGGUGGUGUGCUGUCUAAGCACCAUUGUCCAUUAUUCUUGGGAAGCCGGGAUAGAGGUCGAGGGCGACUGAAGAAAGAACGGAUGGUAUCUAUUCUUGAGCUAAGUAGAAGGAUUAUAUAUGCAUAUGCAAUCAUUUAUGUUUGAAGUUGUCUUUUGCAAAUAGGGAAUGCAGACUAUUUUCCCUGCCCACCAACGCCCCCCCGCCCCCCAUUCAAAUAUAUAAAGUUUGUGAGUGAAUGUUCUUGAAUUAUAAUUUAUAAUUAGUAUGAAUGACAAUUCAUUAUUAAAUUUA